AUGGUUAAGGCAGUUGUUUGCGGUGCCGCCGGCGGUAUUGGCCAGCCCCUCUCCCUCCUCCUCAAGCUCAACCCCCUCGUUACUGAGCUCUCGCUUUACGAUGUCGUCAACGCUCCCGGCGUCGCUACCGACCUCUCGCACAUCAACACCCCCGCCCAGGUCGCCGGCUUCCUCCCCGCCGACAACGGUGCCGAGAAGGCCCUUGCCGGUGCCGACCUUGUCGUCAUCCCCGCCGGUGUCCCCCGCAAGCCCGGCAUGACCCGUGACGACCUCUUCAACGUCAACGCUGGUAUCUGCGCUACCCUCGCCCAGGCCAUUGCCAACGCUGCCCCCAACGCCUUCAUCCUCGUGAUCUCGAACCCCGUCAACUCGACUGUUCCCGUCUUCGCCGAGACCCUCAAGAAGGCCGGCUGCUACAACCCCAAGAAGCUCCUUGGUGUCACCACCCUUGACAUUGUCCGCGCUUCGACCUUUGUCGCUUCCGUUGUUGGCCAGCCCCAGGAUGCCCCCAAGUACACCAUCCCCGUUGUCGGCGGCCACUCGGGUGCCACCAUCCUCCCCCUCCUUACCCAGUCGGAGCCCAAGAUCCCCGCCGCCAUCCUCAACGACCAGGCUAAGCGUGACGCCCUUGUCAACCGUAUCCAGUUCGGUGGUGACGAGGUCGUCAAGGCCAAGGACGGUCUUGGCUCGGCUACCCUCUCGAUGGCCCAGGCCGGUGCCCACUUUGCCAACCUGGUCCUCCAGGCCGCCUUCGCCGGCAAGACCCUUGUCACCCAGUCGUACAUUGACCUCAACGCCGCCGCCGGUGGUGAGGACAUCAAGAAGGAGAUUGGCGCCGACCUCGCCUACUUCUCGGUCAACGUCGAGCUUGGCCGUGACGGUGUCCAGAACAUCCUCCCCAUCGGCAACAUUGACGACCAGGAGCGCACCCUCCUCGCCGCCGCCGUCAAGGAGCUCGGCCCCUCGAUCGAGAAGGGUGUCCAGUUCACCCCCGCUCCCCCCAAGCUCUAA